AUGGCAUCUGCGAAAGCCCGUUCCUUACCUCACUUGGACCCGGGUGAGGUUUCCUUGUUGGAUCUCGCAGAAGAUGACCCCAGGGAUGCCGUGUCUUUCUCGGACAAGGAAGCGUUGAUCCUGCAACUAUAUCAUCAACUUCAGGAACAAGAGCUCGAAAAGGCACUUCUCGAGCAAGAUGCCGAACUACUGUCGGGGGAUGAUGCCGAAGAGCAGCUGGCCAUAGCAGAGCACGAGCUUCUAGAAGCCAGAGCCACUUACACCGUCAGGCGGAAGGCACUUGGAGCUGUUCUUAUGACAGACCCUACUCUCAGAGCUGUUCAUCUGAAAGCCACAUAUCCCGCUGAACAGACUCUUCUUCGUCUUAUUAAUAGACGUGAUGUGCUCUCGUUGGCGCAUGAGAACUUGAAUGCUGCUCUCAGCUCGACUCUUAAAAAGUUAUCCAACGCAGAGGUGGAAAAUCUGCAACUGCAUCACAAAAAUAAAGCGCUCGUUCGAGAGCUACUAGAUCUGACGAAGAAUGACGAAUCUUGGAGGGAAGAAUUGGAUGAUAUGAGUAUUAAGAAACAACUAGAGCAAGUUAAAACAGAUCACCAACAAAGUAAAGCGAAAUGGGAAGCCAUGAAAAGUAUUACAAGCGCUAUCGUUGUCGGCAGUGGUGUGAAUUGGGCUGAAGAUGAAGAGCUUGUAGCUCUUGUGUUGGAUGAAUCUGACGAUUGA